GCGUUCCUGGCGGAGCUCUCGCUGGGCCUGCACCUGGCGGCGGCGGUGGCGGCGAUGGCCGGCGCGGCGGGCGGCGGCGGCGGGGCGGCGGCGGCGGCCUUCGGGGAGCUGCCCGCCCGCUUCCAGGCGGAGGUGGUGGCCCCGGAGCUCGACAGGCCCAUGGAUGCCGUGAGGUCCGAGCUCAUAGAUCAGUACGUGGGCCUGCAGGGCAACGUCAUCCGCGCCGCCAACGUCGCGCCCCUGAUCACGGUGCUCAGAUUCACCUGCUCGAGGUGUGGCGCUCCGGUGCAUCUUCCUGCGAAGCAGGGGCGGCUGGAGUACCCCAGCGCCUGCCCGCAGAAGUGCCGCUUCGCGCGUUUCGCGGUAGACCGGGACGGCUGCCAGGCCGUGGACUGGCAGCGCAUCCGUCUCCAGGAGGACCUCGCGAACUCAGCGGCGGAGGGCGCGGCCCGGCGGAUCCCGCGCACGGUCGACUGCGACCUGCGGGAGAGUCUCGUGGGCUGCGUUGCCCCGGGGGACUCCGUGAAGCUCUACGGCAUAGUGCGCUGCAUGCCCACGAGCCCCACCAUGGGCAAGGGGGGCGAGGGCAAGCAGGGCAAGGCGGGGGCGUUGUACGUGCUGUUUCUGGAGGUCAGGGCCGUGGUGCGCGCGGCGCGGUCGGCGGAUGCGGCGGGGAGCGCCGAGGACGGUUUCACCCCGCUGCAGCUGGAGUUCGUCCGCGAGCUCCACUGCGAGCAGGAGCGCCUGCCGGUGCUGGUGGCCUCCUUCUGCCCGCACAUCUACGGCCAGCCGCUCGCCAAGGCGGCGCUGCUGCUCUCGCUGCUCGGCGGGGUGCCCGUGCACGCGAGCGGCCCGGGCGGGCGGCUGCGGCGGCGCGGGGACCUGCACGCGCUGCUGCUGGGAGACCCCGGGCUGGGGAAGAGCGAGCUGCUGCGGGCCCUGGCGCGGCUGAGCCCGCGGGGGGUCUACGUGUGCGGCAACAGCUCCUCCGCCGCGGGCCUCACCGCCUCGGUGGUGCGGGACGCGUCGGGGGAGUUCGCCCUGGAGGCGGGCGCGCUGAUCCUCGCGGACAGUGGGCUGUGCUGCAUCGACGAGUUCGACAAGAUGGGCGCCGACCAGCAGGCGCUGCUGGAGGCCAUGGAGCUGCAGAUGGUGUCCGUGGCCAAGGCUGGCAUCGUCUGCUCGCUGCCCGCGCGCACGACGGUCGCCGCCGCGGCGAACCCCGCCAAGGGCAGCUGGGACACGAGCCUGACGCUGUCCGAGAACCUGAAGGGCGUGAUGUCCGAGGCGCUGCUCAGCCGCUUCGACGUGGUGUUCCUCAUGCGGGACGAGGAGACGCUGCACGAUGACGAGGCCCUCUCGCGCCACAUCGUGCGCAGGCGCAUCGCGGGCCCCUCUGGCGUCGGCGCGGCCGGUGCGCCCGGGAGCUCGCCGGCGGCCGACUGGGCGAACGACGCCGCGUUCGAGCGCGGGGCGGAGAGGGCAUCCCUGCACGGCCGCUGCGGCGCGGUCCCGCGGGACGCGCUGCUGCCCCAGGAGCUCCUGGCCACCUACAUGCGCUACGCGCGGCGCUACGCGCACCCCGUGCUGGGCAGGGGCGCGCGAGCACUGGUCAAGGAGCACUACCUCGCGAGGCGCCGCCAGGACCACCCCGCCGCUGGGCAGCUGCCGGUGACUCCGAGGUAUUUGGAGGCCCUGGUGCGCCUGAGCCAGGCCCGCGCGCGCGCGGAGCUGCGUCGGGCGGUGCUCCGCAGCGACGUCGAGGACGUGAUCGAGAUCCUGAAAGCUGGGUCGGGCCUGGAGGAGCUGCUCCCGACGGCGCCCGUGCGCAAGGGCAAGUCUCGCCCGAACGCGAUCGCGGAGCGCCUCCGCCAGCUCAUGGAGCGGCAGCUGCGCGGCGGCGGCGCGCGGGAGUUCCGCGAGCGGGACCUGCGGCAGCACGCCCUGAGCACGGGGGCCUCGGAGCAGGACUUCGACAGGGCGCUGCAGCGGCUGAACGACGAGGGGGUGCUGCUCAUCAAGGGGUCGGGCAGCUUCGAGUUCGUCGGCGCGCGCUGA